AUGAGGUCCAAAGCUAUCUGUUUGGCGCUGCUUUGUGUUCUUUUUGCUUCUCAUAUUUACACACCUAUACCAGGCAACAUUGAAGAACGCUGGAAAGUAAUAGCCUUAGAUGCAGCUGUUAAAACUUGUACAUUUAUGGGUAUGUGUUUUGAAAAUCUAGGUAUUAUGUCAUUUGAAGACUUUAUUUCCAUGAUAUUCAGGCUGGAUUAUACCCAACCACUUUCAGAUGAAUACGUCACAGUGACUGAUACAGCAUUCACUGACAUUCCAGUGCGUUUGUACUUGCCAAAGAGAAAGUCAGAAACCCCAAGACGAGCUGUAAUCUAUUUUCAUGGUGGAGCUUAUUGUUUGGGAAGUUUCAAGCAGAGGGCAUUUGACAUCCUCAACAGAUGGACUGCAAACAAACUUGAUGCUGUUGUUGUAGGAGUGGACUAUAGGCUAGCUCCCCAACACCGUUUUCCUGCUCAGUUUGAAGACAGCAUCGCUGCAGUCAAGUUCUUUCUUCAGGAUAAAAUUCUUACGAAAUAUGGAGUGGAUCCCAUGCGAAUCUGUAUUUCCGGAGACAGUUCUGGGGGCAAUUUAGCAGCAGCAGUGACUCAAGAGGUGCAGAAUGAUCUUGAAAUAAAACAUAAAAUCAAGGUACAAGCUUUACUUUACCCUCACUUACAGAUAAUUGAUUCUAAUACGCCGUCUCACAGAGAAAAUGAGCAUGGUGUGGCUCUGACAAGGGACGUAGCCAUAAAGUUCCUGAGCUUAUACAUCACCGAGGAUAAAACAUUUCCUCAGGCACUAAAAAGAAACCAACAUAUGCCUCUGGAAUCAAGACAUUUGUUCAAGUUUGUUAACUGGAGUACUCUCUUACCCAAGAAGCAUAGAAAGGACUAUGUUUAUACUGAACCAAUUCUUGGAAGAACUAGUUAUUCAUUGCCAUCUCUUAUGGACAUCAGAAUGUCACCCUUGUUGGCCAAUGAUUCCCAGUUACAGAAUUUGCCAUCAACCUAUGUUAUUACCUGUCAAUAUGAUAUCCUGAGAGAUGAUGGACUUAUGUAUGUUUCAAGACUUCAAAAUGCUGGAGUUCAAGUUGCUCAUGAACAUAUUGAGGAUGGAAUCCAUGGAGCUCUAUCAUAUAUGACAUCACCCCUGUAUUUACAUCUAGGUCUCAGGAUAAGCGACUUGUACAUUAGUUGGCUGGACAAGAAUUUAUAA